AUGCCCACUACUACUCCGGCGCCCUCUUCACCAGAAGAUGUCUUGAUAGUUUUACCACUAGAGAAUAAAGUACUCUUACCCUCAGUCGUGCUGAAAAUCAAUAUGAGAGGUAGAGAUGCCGUUCUACUCACUCGACGACAUCUGCGCCUUAAUGAGCAACGCAAACCUACUUUCAUUGCCUGUAUUCCGUUGAUAAACCGUCUUCCUAUUGUUGCAGCAGUAAAAGAUGAAGGCUUUCUUUCUAUAAACGAUAAGGAUCGAUUGUUUCAUUAUGGCUGCUCUGCACGUAUCAUUCGCAUCCAAAGAUCAGGUUUAGGCGCAUUUACAAUGUUCAUCGAAGGUGUGGCUCGGUUCAAAGUGGAACACUACUUGACGCAGCCAGACUUGUAUCAUCAAGAGACACUUUGUGUCAAAGCAGCUUUUUUACAGGAUACAUCACCUUUAACUGCCGGCACUUUGGAUGAUGACAGUGUUAUCCGUUUCAAAGCACUUGUGAAAGAAUUUCUGGGGAAAAUGAAGGAUCUCAAAAUGCCAGAUAUUCUAAUUCAGCAAUUAUCAAAAUUGAUGGAUACAGUCGCACCACCCCUUUUGGCAGAUAUGUUGGCUUCCAUUAUCGAAACAUCAUUUGAGGAAAAAUUGUCCAUGCUGGCCACCACGGAUACAAAAGAAAGAAUUGAAAAAGCAUCAGAAUGGAUGACAAGACAAUUACAUGUUUUGAAAAUAUCAGAACAAGUUCAUUCAAGCAUUGAAGGAAGAUUAUCGCAGAAGCAAAAGGAGUUCUAUCUCCGACAGCAACUCGAAGCAAUAAAGAAAGAGUUAGGAGAAUUAGAUGGAUCAAACAGCGAUGAUAAAGACGGAGCCAAUGAGAUAGACGAACUUGAACAAAAGUUACAAGAAGCUGAGCUACCAGAAGAAGCGUCCGUAGUCGCUCGGAGAGAAAUGAAACGAUUAAAGAAAUUGCAGCCAACCUCCAGUGAAUAUGCUGUAGCUCGUAACUAUCUCGAAGUGUUGGCUGAUCUGCCUUGGAAUAAAAUGUCAAAAGAUUCCCUCAAUAUUCAUCAAGCUAAGGAUAAAUUGGAGCAAGAUCAUUUUGGCUUGAAGCAAGUCAAAAAAAGGAUCAUUGAAUACCUCUCAGUGAUGAAAGUCAAAGGGGAUUUAAAAGCACCUAUCCUUUGUUUUGUUGGUCCGCCCGGUGUAGGUAAGACAUCAUUAGGCAAGUCUAUUGCCGCUUCUUUAGGUCGAGAGUUCCAUCGAAUCUCCUUGGGCGGCGUACGUGAUGAAGCGGAAAUAAGAGGUCAUCGACGAACGUACGUGGGUGCUAUGCCUGGUUUAAUUGUCCAAGGCCUACGCAAGUGCAAAGUGAACAACCCUCUGUUUCUGCUUGAUGAAAUUGAUAAAGUUGUCCAAGCAUCGCAUUAUGGUGAUCCAGCUGCUGCUAUGUUGGAAGUUUUGGACCCUGAACAGAACAAUUCAUUCACAGAUCACUACAUCAACGUCCCAUUCGAUUUAUCAAACGUUCUUUUCAUUGCUACUGCUAAUAGUUUGGACACCAUUCCUGAACCGCUUUUGGAUCGUAUGGAAGUCAUCACUCUAAAUGGUUAUACUUUUGAAGAGAAGCUUCAUAUAGCUAAAGCCUAUCUUCUACCGAAACAAUUGAAAAUACAUGGCCUUUAUGAUGAUCAACAAGAACGAGAACAUCAACAAGUUCACAUGGAGGAUGACGUUUUGCUAAAGUUGGCUGAGAAUUAUACACGAGAAAGUGGUGUUCGUAGUUUGGAACGAACAAUAGCGUCUGUUGUACGGGCCAAAUGUGUUGAGCUGGCCGAUUUACGUGAAGCGAAAAAAGAAGAAAAUUAUAACCCCCUCGUGACGCUGCCUGAUCUGGAGCGUAUUCUGGGUAUGGCAUUUUAUGAAAAGGAAAUAGCAGAAAGAGAGCCCUUGCCAGGCGUUGUGACGGGGUUAGCUUAUUCAGGAAGUGGGAAUGGUGGCAUUUUAUUUGUCGAAUCGACGAAAAUGGCGGGUAGAGGUGAAUUGCACUUGACAGAAGGUUCAUUGGGGGAUGUCAUCAAAGAGUCGGCGCAUAUUGCUUUAACUUGGGUUAAAGCUCACGCCUAUUCCUUGAAACUUGUGUCGAAUGAGAGUACCAAUCUUGUCGACAAAAUUGAUAUUCACAUCCAUGUACCUGGCGGUGCUGUGCCCAAAGAUGGCCCUAGUGCAGGCGUCACUCUUGUCAGUUCCUUAGUAUCGUUGUUCUCUGGUUAUUAUGUUCCACCUACUACGGCCAUGACGGGCGAAAUUUCUCUCCGUGGACAAGUCCUACCUGUAGGCGGUAUUAAAGAAAAGGUUGUAUCUGCUCAUCGUGCAGGUAUCCGUAAAAUUAUCUUACCAUUCCGUAAUAGGAAAGAUGUUCAACAAGAUGUGCCAGACAAAUUGAAGGAAGAGAUUGAAUUUGUAUACGCCAAAAAUAUCUGGGAUGUUCUGGAGGCGGCACUGAUAAUAAAUGAGAAUGAUCGAUGGAACACUCGCUUUUAUGAGAACCGCUUGUAA